GAUCGCACUUGCCAUUCCAGAGGCGCGGACAGCCAUUUUGGUUUAUCGCGUCGCGCCCGUGUUAGAGGGCACCCGCGGCGCCUUCGGGGCCCCCGCCAUGCCAGUGAUGGUGCCCAUAUGUGACGUGGAGCACGUCUGGCUGGACAGAGACAGGCACAUUGGUCGUUGGUACCUCGGCAGCCGCUUGACGAUGGAGAAGGUUCCUCUCGUGGCGCCUGCCGACCCCUGGGCGCUUGGCUUUGCCGAGGACGGAUCGGGGCUCAUCACGGACGGCGCGAACGAUUGCAUGGUGAGCGACAUCCUCAAGAUGAAGGUUUUCUCCAAAGAUGGCGCCCCUUGGAUGAGGAAUGCGAGUGGGACGUCGAUGGCAUUGGAUACAUAUCGCAC